AUGGGUUCUUCUACUCAUAUAGGAGGAAGCUGCGCAGCUCCUGAAUGUGGUAACCUUGUUCUGUUCUCUGAUUCAAAAUACUGCACAGAGCAUGUGCAUCUCGAGCCACAGAAGCCCACACCCAAUCAUGGUCCCUCUCUCACGAGCCCUCCCAGGGCAUCUAGACUUUCCGGUCGAGGUUUCGUCGCUAGGAGGGCUCGAGGCCGCUUGAUGUUUACUCCCAAUCCCCGAAUUCAGAACUUAGAUCCGCCAUCUCGUGAAGCCUCAAGUACAGGCACCAGCGCUCGCAUAACGCACUCGCCAGUUGAAAAAGCAGAUGGUAGAAGAGAUGUUGGCCAACCCCCUGCGCAAAAAGACCCCAUCAGCGUAGCAGAAACGGCUCCUUCUCGUCUGCAAUGGAGAAAUGUGCAGAAUGCUGCUGAUGUGGAACGGACGCGCAAGUCGCCACAGACCAAGCAAGCCAAACAUACGACGAGGGCUGAAAAAUGUGCUACUUCUAGUCAGGUAAAGUCAACGUCUACACUGCGCAUGCCAAAGCAACCGAGUAUAAAUCUGCAAACUGCAACCGAAGAGACUGUGGAUGAGCCAGGCGAAACCGUUCUGGCCAAGCAUAAACAGCCUCCUGUUGCGAACAUGAGACCAGAAACAGGAAUAUCACCUGCGGGAAAUUCAAAGAUGACUGAGCAGACAAAUGAAAUGACCACGCGGAACAUGCCAAGCACAAACUUAACCUUGAGAAGUUCAGACGACUCUAAAGGCGUUCCGAUACCCAGACGGAUCAAUAUGCCGAAGCUUUCGCCACGUCCUCUGCAGCCGAAAGUUCCUUCCGACACAUCUGUGAAAUCCAAGCUACUUGAUUCCGAAGACAGUGUCAUUCCAAAAUCUUCUAGGUUGUUGAAGCCACAACCGCCAGAUUUAUUGAACCAAUCUGAGCAUGCUAUCAAACCGCCCAGUUCAAUACACCAUCCCAUGACCAAUGCCAAAUCUCCGGCUUAUGGAAUGAGCAGUGGGACGCCGGAUAAAAGCCAGUUGUCGAAAGACAUACCAUCCGAAUUGAACGUCACAGAUGACGACGAGGUGAAUAUGGCCGAUGUUAGUGACAUUUCGGACGAAGAAUUUGUAUCACCGACUGAACCAAUAUCCUCCUUCCGAGCCAAGGUAGAAGCUCGCAGGAAAAGAGUAUUGGCCAAUUUUGAUUCGGAUGCGUUCGAUUCCUUCAUUUAUCGACAAUCUAAGCUACGUCCGCCUAUCACCGUCCUUAUAUCUUCUCAUGCAUACCAGCGCGGGCUGGCUGUAUACGCAGGCGAACGAGUUUUUCUCCCCGUAAACCCGGCAAUCCACGGAAUGCAUAAUCGAUCUCGUGUCUGGUACAAAAAGAAAUGCGAGGAAAUUAGAAAACGACCAGGCAGAAAAGCAUGGUUCGGCAAGGUUAUGGCGAGGAAACGCUGGCUGCAGUCAGUGGAAAUGAAGCUGGAGAAGGAGCGUCAACAGGCUCAGCUGACUGGAACUGCACCUCCGUACAAGCCUCCGGAGCCACGGAGUGUCAAGCGGAUCCUUGAUUUUGGGGAUGUGCCUGAGGAAGAACUUCCUGCAUAUGUCCAAGAGAAUCCUGCAUGGCUCAAGGCCUGCGCUUGGCAUCGAGAGUGUGAGGAAAAGGCAGCUUUGCGUCAGCGUCGGGUUGACAGAUCCAAGAAGGAGGCUGAACUUUUUUUCAAGGAAAACUUUAGUCGACGUUAA